GUCAUCGCCUGCCACCGCCCGCCCCGUCAACUGCGGCCAUCCGGACUCCCCAAUCCUCCUCUCCUCAUCUGCUUCUUCUUUCUCCUCAUCCUGUCCUUGUCAGUAAGUAGCUGGUAAUUCGGCUGCUUCUUUCAGAGUACGGCUCUCUAUAUCAUUGUCCCCAUCUCCGUCGGUACUCCCUCGGUACCUCUCAACCACGCUCUUCAGCUCUUCCAUCGAGCUUUCCCCCCCAACUUUGAGAUUGUCACAUUUCCAUCACAAUGAGAGCUUUUUCAGCUGCGUUGCUCGUUGGAGCAGCCACCGCUGCUUCGCCUGCCCAGCAAGUCCUCGGCGGCCUGAAGGACCUUGGAGGCGCCAUCCAGGACACAGUGCAGGAGAACCUCCCUAAGCUCAAGGAGCCCCUUGGAGCUCUCGAGGAACAACUUGAGUCGCUUUCUGAUGAGGCUCGUGGUCUCUGGGAAGAGGUCGCUGCAGCUUUCCCCGACUCGCUCGGCCAUAACCCCGUCUUCUCUCUCCCCAAGAAACACACUCGUCGUCCUGACUCCCACUGGGACCACAUUGUCCGUGGCGCUGAUGUCCAGAGCGUCUGGGUGACAAACUCCGAGGGCGAGAAGGAGCGGGAGAUCGAUGGCAAGCUCGAGGCCUAUGAUCUCAGGGUUAAGAAGACGGACCCCGAGUCGCUUGGCAUUGAUCCGCAUGUCAAGCAGUACACUGGUUAUCUUGAUGAUAAUGAGAAUGACAAGCACCUCUUCUACUGGUUCUUCGAAUCUCGCAAUGACCCUGCGAACGACCCCGUGGUCCUCUGGCUCAACGGUGGGCCCGGCUGCUCAUCGCUGACCGGUCUGUUCAUGGAGCUCGGACCCAGCAGCAUUGACAAGAACAUUAAGCCAAUCUACAACGAAUACUCAUGGAACUCCAACGCUUCCGUGAUCUUCCUUGACCAGCCCGUCAACGUCGGCUACUCCUACAGCAACAACCCCGUGAGCGACACGGUUGCUGCUGGCAAGGACGUUUAUGCCCUUCUCACCCUCUUCUUCAAGCAAUUCCCUCAGUAUGCGACACAGGACUUCCAUAUUGCUGGCGAGUCCUACGCUGGUCACUACAUUCCUGUCUUCACUUCUGAGAUUCUCUCCCACAAGAAGCGUAACAUCAACCUCAAAUCCGUCCUGAUCGGUAACGGUCUGACCGACGGCCUCACUCAGUACGAGUACUACCGCCCUAUGGCUUGCGGUGAGGGUGGCUACCCUGCUGUGCUCGACGAGAGCUCCUGCCGCUCCAUGGACAACGCCUUGCCUCGCUGCCAGUCGAUGAUUGAAUCCUGCUACAACAGCGAGAGCGCCUGGGUCUGUGUCCCCGCUUCAAUCUACUGCAACAACGCCCUGCUCGCUCCUUACCAGCGAACUGGCCAGAACGUCUACGAUAUUCGCGGCAAGUGCGAGGACGAGAGCAACCUUUGCUACAAGGGCAUGGGUUACGUCUCCGACUACCUCAACAAGCCUGAUGUCAUUGAGGCUGUGGGUGCUGAGGUUCAGGGCUACGACUCCUGCAACUUUGAUAUCAACCGUAACUUCCUGUUCCACGGUGACUGGAUGAAGCCUUACCACCGCCUCGUUCCUGGCAUCCUUGAGCAGAUCCCUGUCCUCAUCUACGCGGGUGAUGCCGACUUCAUCUGCAACUGGCUCGGAAACAAGGCCUGGUCUGAGGCUCUCGAAUGGCCCGGCCACGAGGAGUUCGCCGCUGCUCCCCUGGAGGACAUCAAGAUCGUCGACAAUGAGAGCAAGGGCAAGAAGAUCGGUCAGGUCAAGAGCCACGGCAACUUCACCUUCAUGCGUCUGUAUGGCGGUGGCCACAUGGUCCCAAUGGAUCAGCCCGAGUCAUCCCUCGAGUUCUUCAACCGCUGGUUGGGUGGCGAGUGGUUCUAGAUUAGACGAGCCUCUCGAUGACUGAAACCUUUGAUCUUAUGUCCUGCGCCUCCGAACACGAUUUUUUCUUAUAGUUUUUUUUUUGAAUCUUCUGUUAAUGCCAAAUCCGUUUUUUUUAUGCCUAUGCUUGGUGGUUGUAUCACUAGCCUAGUCCUAUCGCAUCCUAUAGACACUCUAUAGACUUGCACGUUAAGAUUUGAGAUUGUGACCCAUUGGUGUGAUAAGCAUUGUAGGUUGAACACUGUAACCCACCUUGGAUCCAGUGUAACCACAUCGUCGUCUGUUAUCUAUGAAUAAUAGCGCGUUUCGUCCCACGAUUCCCUACUUAACACCCCUCCAUCCCCAUUCAAUUCUAGACAAGUG